AUGCCCAACGCACCUAACGGCACCGACAACCAUGGCAGGGUGGCCAUCAUCACGGGUGGCGCUUCUGGCAUGGGCCUUGCCGUAACGCAGCGUCUCUCCGCCCAAGGCUGGGUCGUCGCCAUUCUCGACUUCAACGAAAAGGCUGGCCAAGAAGCCGCCUCUUCAAUCCCGAACACGGUAUUUCUCCAGACAGACGUCUCAUCAUGGGCCUCUCUUGCGAAGGCGUUCGACGACACCUUUGAGCGCUUAGGCACGAUUCACUUCGUUUUUGCCAAUGCCGGCAUUGUGGAGCACGCCAAUUUCUACGCUGUCCACGACACGACCAAGAGUCGCAUUCCGCCCGAGCCAGACCAACGAGUUGUCGAUAUCAACCUCAAGUCCGUCAUCAACACGACCUAUCUUGCCCAGCACUACUUUCGCCUGAGUCCCCAUGGCGGCAGCGACGGUGUGCUCGUCAUGACGGGCAGCACUGGGUCGCUCUACCCUGCCGAGUUUUGUGCCAUGUACGCCGCCGCCAAGGCUGGCGUGCUGAACUUGAUGCGGUCCGUCGCCGUUUCUUUCCACCAAGUUGACGGCAUCCGCACCUACACCAUCUGCCCCGGGACAGUGCGGACGAACCUUUUGUCGGCCGAGCGUUGGGGCGCAUUUCCUGCAGCCUACUUCACCGCCGUCGAGACGGUGGCUGCCAGAGUCUGCAUGUUGGUUACGGGCGGUGCCAUGACCGACUCCAGCGGGAGGACCAUUCCAGCCGGCGAAGACUUGGCCUGGCUUGUGAGAUUGCGGGCGACGAGUUCUACUGGCGCGACCCUGUGUCUUAUUGCAACGAAGCGACGGCCAAAAUGA